UGCAGUCGUGAUUGUGACGUGAGCAGCGCACGCUGAUCUGAUGGUGGGAGGAUUUCAGGAAGAGCGCUGAGUGCUACGUGUCCAAUACUGGCUUCCACUAACUCUACUUUACUUUUACUCAGUGUUAGUUUCGGAAGGGUCACGUCUUUAGAAAGCCUCGGCCAGCGUGUUCGCUUUGUGGCAUCAUGUCUGGGAUGAAAAAGCUAAGAACGGAUCUGCAGAGAGCAACCAAUGUUGUGUACCAGGCUCACCAUGUGAGCAGAAGCAAGCGUGGCCAGGUGGUUGGGACCAGAAGUGGAUUCCGUGGAUGUACUGUCUGGCUGACAGGGCUGUCUGGUGCUGGAAAGACUACAAUUGGAUUUGCUCUAGAGGAAUAUCUAGUUUCCCAUGCCAUUCCUUGCUACUCGCUCGAUGGUGACAAUAUUCGACAUGGCCUAAAUAAGAACUUGGGCUUCACGACCACAGACAGAGAAGAGAACAUUAGACGUGUUGCUGAGGUGGCCAAACUGUUUGCUGAUGCUGGGCUGGUUUGCAUCACUAGUUUCAUUUCUCCGUUUACAAAGGAUCGAAAUGACGCCAGGAAGAUCCUUGAGAGCGCGGGUCUGCCGUUCUUUGAGGUGUUUGUAAAUGCACCACUGGAGGUGUGUGAGAGCAGAGAUGUCAAAGGACUUUAUAAAAAGGCCCGUGCUGGAGAGAUUAAAGGUUUUACGGGAAUAGACUCAGACUAUGAGAAGCCUGAAGCCCCUGAGCUAGUGUUGAAGACUGGAGAGCUCACUGUCAAUGACUGCAUUCAGCAGCUAGUGGAUCUCUUGAAGGAACAGGAUAUUGUGCCCACUGGUGUGACAGAAGAAGUGAAUGAGCUCUUUGUUCCUGAAAACAAGCUGGACCUGGUGCUGAGUGAUGCCAAUAUACUCCCCACUUUAACUAUCACAGAGCUGGAUUUGCAGUGGGUACAGGUUCUAGCGGAGGGCUGGGCGACUCCACUGAGGGGAUUCAUGAGGGAGAGGGAAUUCCUGCAAGUCUUGCACUUUGGAACUUUGCUUGAUGGGGGAGUCAUCAACAUGUCUGUUCCCAUUGUGCUGCCCAUAUCCAAGGAUGACAAAAAGAGGCUGGACGGUUGUGCUGCUUUUGUCCUGGAGUUCAAAGGUCAAAAGGUGGCAAUCAUGCGCAACCCUGAGUUUUAUGAGCAUCGUAAAGAAGAGAGAUGUGCCAGGCAGUGGGGUACAACAUGCCCCCAACAUCCAUACAUCAAGAUGGUAAUGGAGAGUGGUGAUUGGCUGGCCGGUGGAGAUCUGGAGGUGCUUGAGAGAAUUAGGUGGAAUGAUGGCCUUGACCAGUACCGUCUCACUCCACGGGAGCUAAGACAGACAUUUAAAGAAAUGAGAGCAGAUGCCAUUUUUGCAUUCCAGUUGCGUAAUCCUGUGCACAACGGCCAUGCGCUCCUGAUGCAGGACACAAAGCAUCGUCUGCUUGAGCGGGGUUACAAAAAGCCUGUGCUGCUGCUGCACCCUCUGGGUGGCUGGACCAAAGAGGAUGAUGUACCGCUGGACUGGCGCAUGAAGCAGCAUGCUGCUGUGCUGGACGAAGGAGUGCUGGAUCCAGAGAACACCAUUGUGGCCAUUUUCCCCUCACCCAUGAUGUAUGCUGGGCCUACAGAGGUACAGUGGCAUUGUCGGGCCAGGAUGAUCGCAGGGGCCAACUUUUACAUUGUAGGACGAGAUCCAGCAGGUUUGCCCCAUCCGGAGACAAAGAAGGACCUGUACGAGCCCACACACGGUGGAAAAGUGCUGAUCAUGGCACCAGGCCUCACUUCUCUAGAGAUUAUUCCCUUCAGAGUUGCUGCAUACAACAAAGUUAAGAAGGCCAUGGACUUCUAUGACACGGAAAGACAUGGUGAAUUUGAGUUCAUCUCAGGGACCAAAAUGCGGAGCCUUGCCCGCAGCGGGGAGACCCCCCCCGAUGGUUUCAUGGCCCCCAAAGCCUGGAAAGUCCUAGCUGAGUAUUACAGUUCUCUGCAGAAGGACCAGUGAACACAAGGCACUGGACUAUAUGCAGACAUACAGUAAAGCUCUAUUUAAUCUAUUUCAUUAGAACUGAUAGAUUUAUAGAAAGAUGCAUCGUGUAUUCCAGUCCUACAUUGUAACCAUAAUAAAUCUUUAUUACUCAUUUCUACAGCAUUCUUAGACAAAUGCUAUCUAUAUUUAUGCCCUGCAAAUUACUUUAAAAUAGUAUAUUUUGUUCCCUGAAAUCACCCUGUAGAUGGAUCAAACUACACAGCUACUGCUGUAUCAGGUGUGUUAUAGACUUAUAGUCUGUUCGAGCAGUUCGAACUAUGCGUGACGGUAAUAGGACCAAUAUUUCACCUACCUCAGCUGGAGCUUUAUUUGGAUAAAUGUUUUGUCUUGGCAGUAUUUCCACCAGUGGAGAACAUCGUGUACUCAUUGAAGAGGCAGAUUAAUUCUAUAACAUUGAUUAUAAGAAUUUAAAAAUGUUCAGUACUGGCAGCGGAGUAUAACCACAGUCAGAUGUCUUUGACAUUAACACAAUAGUGUCUUGCAGUGUACGUCCAUGUGCCUUAAUGUAAAUGUGCAUUAUUUUGACAUUCCCAAAUGAACGAGUUACUGUAAAGAGUGAUGUAUGAAUGUUAAUGAUUUGUGCUGAUUGCAUAAACAUGAAACUCUUGAGGAAUCCAAUGUGAAGGAACAAGAGCAUAUUCAUUGUCUUUCCAUUUUCUCAGCGGACCAACCUAAACAUAUUUAUUAUCUUACAGGAAAUGUAUUUACUUCGUUCUACUUUUUGUACAAACUUGUGAGAUUUACAGUGUCAUUUCUUACAAUAUUUGAUGUAAUGUGCAUCGGGCAGUCAUUCCAAUAAACUUUAUUAAGACAAAACCAUUGCCAUCCAAUUUUUCUACAGUGUAAACAAAACAUUUCAAAUAUAUUCUGACUGCUAAGCACAUUUAGACUGAAGAGAGCAGUGGACUAUUGUAAACUAGGAAACCUAGUAACUGAAAAAGUCUUGCAUAUUGUUCAUUGUAUUGCUGGCAAUCCAUAGACAAGUUUCUCCAAAAGAAUAAUCUUUUCAUUUUCAAGUCUCCUUUGCCCACUCGAACCCCAAAAAUAACACCCGACAGAUGAGUACAUGCAUA